AUGUGGGCACUGACCUGGCUGAGCGUCGCCAGCCUGUGCCUGGGGGCAGCUUGGGCUGUGCCAGCCGGGGGGGAGAGGAGGAAGGUGGAGAAGCUGAAAGCUGAGCUUGCACUCUAUGGCAACCUGGACCUGGGCAGCUACGACUCGACCCUGGACAGCUACGGCGAGAUCCUUGACCUCGGCAACUAUGAGGAGCCCUACGACUACGGUGACCUUGCUCCAAAGAUCGAGGUUGGCACCUUGGCUCCUCGCCCCAGGGACCCCACGGCUCUCCCACACUUGGCCACCACUGCUGAGACCCUGGAGCUGCAGCCUCCAACCAGCCCCAGCCCCCCAGCACCCAGCCCUGCUCAGGGCCUGCCCAGCUGCCUGCUGUGCCUGUGCAUUAGCACCUCUGUCUACUGUGACGACGCUGACCUGGAGCACAUCCCUCUGCUGCCCCCAGAGACCACCUACCUCUACGCUCGCUUCAACCGCAUCGGCGCCAUCCGCGCCGGCGACUUCACCGGGCUGAAGCAGCUGAAGCGAAUAGACCUGAGCAGCAAUUCCAUCUCCUGGGCGGACGCCGACGCCUUCCGCCUGCUGCCCAGCCUGCAGGAGCUGAUCCUGCCCGAGAACAGGCUGCGGGCCCUGCCCGAGCUGCCCCGCAGCAUCGUGCGCCUGGACGCGCGGCUCAACAGCAUCCCCAGCGCCGGGCUGCGGCCGGAAGCCUUCCGGGACCUGAAGCAGCUGCAGUUUCUCCAUCUCUCUGAUAACCAACUGGAUUAUAUCCCAGCACCGCUGCCCGAGAGCCUGCGCUCCCUGCACCUCCAGAACAACAACAUCCAGACCAUGCACCAGGACACCUUCUGUGACAGCCACGACCACGGCCGGGGCCGCAGGCUGCUGGAGGACGUCUGCCUGGACGGGAACCCAAUCAACCUUGGCCUCUUCCCCGACGCCUACUUCUGCCUGCCCCGCCUGCCCACAGGCCGCUUCUCCUGA